UUAUUUUUAUAUCCAUUAAUUUAUAAAAAAUUAUAUAAAAAAAUAUACCAAUAAAUAUUAAUUAAUAUUUAAUUUCGAUUGGUUGAUUAUUAGUUGCGUGUACGUAUAUAUCUUUUUUACAAUAUGUAUGCUGCGCCCUUGUCAAACGGAUAGGAAAAAACAACACAAAAUAAAUAGCUAUGGAUGGAAAUCAAUCAAAAGCAAGUGAUUCACAGUUUAUUUCGUUUCAAGACUUUCCUUCAAUAAAUCAUGAAGGAAAUAUUACUCAAGCACAAUUGGAUAUUAACACGACCACUCAUCAAGGUUUUAAUAACCUCUCAAGUGACACUUCAGGCAUUGGUAUUAUCGAAGAUCUUCAGGGAAUGCCUGAUAAAAAUGAAGCCAAUUCAUCACGCAAUUUUUGGACAAUAGAGUAUUAUCAAAAGUUCUUUAAUGUAAAGACAAAUGAUGUGGUAGAAAGAAUUAAAAGAUCUAUGUUUCCACAUGGUAGUGAAAAUUAUUUGAUAUCCCAUAUUAGACCAAAUCCAGAUCUUUAUGGUCCUUUUUGGAUUUGUGUUACACUAAUAUUUUCUAUUGCCAUUAGUGGAAAUCUGGCUGAUUAUUUACAAACAGCUAAUUCAAGUAAAUAUCAUUGGAGGUAUGAAUUUCAUAUUGUAUCUUAUGCUGCAACCUGUAUAUUUUUAUAUGCAUGGUUAUUACCACUUACUUUGUGGGGAGCUCUAAAAUGGACUACAAGCACAAGAGAUACAGAGGAGGAAUUAAUUGAGUCUUAUGCAACUCCUGGUCUUUUAGAACUUAUAUGUCUUUAUGGUUAUUCUUUGGCUAUUUAUAUUCCUGUAGCUUUUUUUUGGACAAUUCAAAUUGAAUGGCUGCAGUGGAGUUUAGUCGUAGUAGCAACUUUUUUAUCUGGAGGGGUGUUACUAAGGUCUUUGUUGCCUUUAAUAACAGGCAGAUAUAGGAUAAUGUAUAUUGUAAUAAUCCUUGGUAUGCACCUUUUAUUGGCAAUAGGAUUUAUGCGAUACUUUUUUCAUAUACCAUCAAAGACUUUAAUUGAACACACAACACAAAUACAAACAGAAAUUAUAGGAAAUCAAGGUGCAAAUAAUCAUUCUGGUUAAUUAUAUUUCAAUUUGUUAUAUGUCAACAAUGGUGGAUUUGAAAGCAUCUAUAUUUUAUAAUAAGUUGCCGAUAAUAUUGGCAAGCACAUUUAUUCCAAUAAAUACUGACUGAUAAAAAAUGGAAUGAUAAAAUCGCACAUAUUCGUUGAAAGUUAAUUCCGUUUUUGUGCAUGUAGAUGUAGUAUUUAUACUAUACCUGUGAGCAAAAAAUAAAUGAAAAUAACUAAAAUUUGUCACA